AUGGCAGCCUCGCCGUGCCUCUCCCUCUACUUCGCGCCCGACGCCAUCCGCGGCGGCUUCUCCUUUCCUGCAGGCCCGGACGGCUCGCGGAGCGCUGCUCCCGCCGCGGCUCAUCGACCUCUGGCGCCCCCACAGCAGGUGCUCUGCACCUAUCGCGACGAGCCGCGUUGCCUUCCUGUGCUGUUGCUGAGCUGCGUCGCGCCGUCGCCCGCUUUACCGCGGUCCGCGGUACCGCCGAUGCGCGCCCUCGCCCAUCACCGGCCCAUCGCGCUUCCAUGGCGGUCCCCGGCCAUCGCGAGGAGGCAGGACAGCGGGGUGGCGGUCGGCAGCGAUUGCAGCAGGCGCUCCGCGGGGAAGCGGAGGCUAGCCGGGAAGAAGGUGGCCGGCGCCCUCGCAAUCGUCGUGCUCGCUCCUGACAAAAGCGGCGAUGAAGAGCAGAGCUGA